AUGAACUCGCUGAAUAUCCUAUCGUCGCGAGUCAUCGGCCAGUCGUCCACGCCCAAUCGAGUCCGGCAACGCUCUCGGUCGCAGGAAGAGAAUCGGCUGGCGGGCAACUCGCCAACGGAGCGAGGAAAGAUACGAUCUUACAGCGAGGAGAACUUCCGAUCACUUGGAAGCGCCGAGAAAAGCUAUGAGAACACGCCGCUGCUGACGGAUGGACACUGCCCAGACGAGAAGACACUGUUGCUCCACGAGCUACAUAGAGAUGGCCCGCUGGCGACGCGGAGCACCUUGCAGCUUUUCGCCCAGCAGCUAUUUGACGCGAUCGCAGAAACCAUCAAAUUCCUCCUCUCCACCUUGACGAGCCCCGGGUUGUAUGCUGCUCAAUGCUUUCAGGAGGAUGAUGGGCGUUAUUCGCUAAUGGCCCCUGUGCGAAAGCUCAGGAAGUUGGUGUCUGGACCCUCUAUGGACGGCUCCUCUCCGUCAGGAAGAGGCGGCAAUAACCGGACGGACAGGAAUAAUAACGGUCACGUAAUCCCUCCAAGGAAGCUGAGAAGCCAUACCUCGCGGGAAUCAAUCCUCUCGGCUACUUCAGAGUCCGAAAAUGAUCGAAGAAGUGUCAAAAGCCUGUCGAUGUCCAGCAAGCCCCGGUCAACAAAAUCGAAAACAAAGUCUCCAGGCUCAGAAGAAACGUCAAAUGGCAACGCCCCUCGCCGGUCGAUAAGGAUUAAACUAAAUAAUGAAGAGACGCUGAAACGACAGAAAGAACGCCAGCAACAGCAGGGUACCGACAUGGGGCAGCCGUUGCAUGAUGGCGUCUCGCGAGUCCACUCGACCGUGAACCCGAAUACUCUAAAAUCACCCACCUCGCCGUCUGUCCACAAGCUGGAUAGAUACCCGCAUGCUCCCGCUCCACCCCGGCCGUUGAUUCCGCUCCGCGUACCAUCCUAUACAGCUGCCUCACGCACUUCCAAAGCACCCCAGAAGACCCUUGUGCUGGAUCUAGAUGAGACUUUGAUCCACUCGCUCGCCAAGGGCGGCCGAAUGUCGAGCGGCCACAUGGUUGAAGUGAAGCUAGCUGCACCCAUGACGACGGCCCUGGCCCCUGGAGGGCCAGCGACGACGCUAAGCCCGCAGCAUCCCAUCCUUUACUAUGUGCACAAAAGGCCGCACUGCGACGAUUUCUUGCGGAAAGUGUGUAAGUGGUACAAGCUAGUCGUGUUCACUGCCAGCGUGCAAGAGUACGCCGAUCCGGUCAUCGACUGGCUUGAACAGGAGCGCAAGUUCUUCCAUGCCCGGUACUACCGUCAGCACUGCACGUUUCGCAACGGUGCCUACAUUAAGGACCUCAGUUCAGUCGAACCGGACCUCAGCAAAGUCAUGAUCUUAGACAACAGCCCAGUGAGCUAUAUUUUUCAUGAAGGUAUGCUUCUUUUGUCCCCCCUAUUCACCAAUCCCUCCAUCUCGCAGCAUUGGCAUCCUCACACUAUUCUGGCAGAUAACGCCAUUCCUAUCGAAGGGUGGAUUAAUGAUCCCACGGAUAACGGCCUGCUUCACCUGAUACCCAUGCUAGAGGCACUUCAGUACGUGACGGAUGUACGAGCUCUCCUAGCACUACGUAGAGGCGAAACAGAGACAUGA